AUGGCAGCAACUCUUGCAAUUGUCUCAAUUACUGAAUCCGUGCUUGGUGAAAUCUUAAAGGGUCUAGGUAGUGUUAAUAGAAAAACCGCCAUUACUAUUAAAAAUUAUUCAGCACAAAUUCUUGAUCAACAUAAUGUAUACUUUGAUUCUGGAACAUCUGAUUUGGGGCUCCCCGGUCCAGUCUUAAAAGAUGAAGGUUUGGUUUGGGGUGCUCGUAAGACUGCUGGUCCCGUAGCUACGGGAACUGUAGGAGUUUUUGUAUACCAUAUCAGAAAUCAAAAACAAUCUUUAGCCUUUAUGUGGAGUGUCCCAUUUGACUACAACAUCUACGAUAAUUUGUGGAAAAUUCAAGUUUAUGAUGAUUUAUACAAAAAAAUGCUCGAUGGCUCACCCAAUAAAGGAGACAGUAAAACUUACAAAAAAGACUUGGAUUUUGGUUGGCGUUAUGAGGGAUCGAUGGGAUCCUCUGGAACACCUUUUAUUGAUGUUAAGAUCUAUAAGAAUUGA